UGGCGGCGCGGGCGCAUGGCGGGCGGCGAUGGCGGCGGGCGCAGUCCCGGGGCCCGUCCGGCGCUGCUGCUGCACGGGGCGAUGGCGGCGGUCACCGGCGGGGAGCGGCUGCUGGUGGCGCGGCCCAGGCACAACGGUGAUGACAGUCUCUUCAUGUACAAUUGCAGCAGCGCAGAGAAGCAGACCUUAGGAGAGAAAGGGCAGGAUGGAAAAGGARCAGAUAAAGGAAGUGAUGACAUCCUGGCUUUUGCCUUCUCCCCAUCAGGAGAUUAUUUUGCCUUGACAGAUGACAACAAACGUCUGAUUCUGUUCCGCACRAAACCUUCCUGGGAAUGUGUUAGUGUCAGGUUCGUGAACAGAAGAUGCACAUCCCUGGUUAUCACAGCUGCAGAGGAUAAGAUUUUUGUUGCAGAYAAGUCUGGUGAUGUCUAUUCUUACUCAAUAACAGAGCCUCAAGCAAAUGGAAAACUUGAGCUGGGUCAUGUGUCUCUGUUAUUGGAUGUGGCCCUGAGUCCUGAUGACCGGUACAUCCUAACUGCAGACAGAGAUGAGAAGAUCAGAGUCAGCUUGACAAAGGCUCCCUACAGUAUUGUAUCCUACUGCAUGGGCCACAGAGAGUUUGUAAGCAAAAUACUUGUAAUACCCAACUGUCCUGAUCUGCUGUUGUCAGCUUCUGGGGACUCCACUCUGAGACUUUGGGAGUAUAAAAGUGGAGAAGAAGUGCACUGCUCUCAGCURAAUACCAUCUGUGGGUCUGAGGCAAGCAAACCAGACCAGAAAUACACUGUGUCAAGAAUGACCUACUGCUGUCAAGGUGGUUAUGUUGCCAUUCUGUGUGACAGUAUUCCCACAGUCUACAUCUUUCAGCUCGAUGCCACUGCCCAGCAGCUGGUUUACAAGCAGCAAAUCUCUCUGAAACACAAAGGUUGGGAUGUUGCAUUUGAGGAAACGGGAGACCUGUGGAUUUUGCAGGAAGACAAGGAGGCUCCUCUUCUUUUGUACAGAGCAUGUGAUGGACAGUGGAAGGCUGUAACUGAUGACAAAGGAUUGCAGAAGAUGUCAAAACAUAUUCAAGACAACUGGACAGCGUUUGAAGGGUUUGUUGGUGCAGAGAGCUACUACAGCAACCUCUACAAGGCCUCCUUUGAAAACAUGGACGAGUACCUACAGAGGAAGGAGGAGAGGUUACAGCAGCAGAAAAAGAAAAGGCAGGAUGUGCAGCRUGGUUCCAAUGGACAGACAAAAAAAAAGAUGAAGACUGAAGAGCCAUCACUAUGACUCUUGUGAGCUUGUGACCUUUGCCUGGAGGAAGGGAAGUGCUCCAACUGUGGACUCUUUAUGUGUAAAAUGAAUUAUGCAAGAAGACUGGUUUAAAUUUUUUAUUCUGGUUUUCAGGUAGCCUGGUAGGACAAUAUCCUGUUUGCAGCAAGUAAUGCAUUUACAAUGUACCUAAACUUUCUAGCAGAUUACAGUAUUAGUGGUCCAGUCCUGGUAAUCUCUGAUGCAUGUUAUAUGAAUACUGGAGAUGGUGUUUUCCUUGAARCAGGGUUUUCCUUUUGCCUACUGUGUUCAGGCUUUCUUCUUCAGGUGGAAGCACACUGAUAAAAGUGGAUGCAACUUUGUUUUUAUUA